ACCUUGCCAGUCCAUCCCUGGCAGCCGCGGGGAGAGUACGUGAUCCCCCGCCCCCACUACACCCACUCGCCACUUGUGUUCAUACUCGUGUUUUCUUAGGGUCCGCUUAGAAAAAUUAAGAUCGUAUUAGUGGAUAUAUUUUGCACGCUAAGUUGAUACUUCAGUGGAAGGUUUUGUGAGCUGUGAUGGACCUGCCACAACGUUGACGUCAGUGUUAACGAACAAACGAGUGACUUAGAGGUUAGUUAUAAUAAUGUUACCUGAGGCCUUGUGAGACUGUCGACGCACGGAACAUCACACACCUGUACUGCUGUUACCUGCCUACCUGGACCCUAAGUGAAGACUCUUUCCGGUGACGUAUGUGAUCAGUGGGCGGUACUUCAUGAUGACCACGCCCACAACCCGCCCCCUGCCCCUCCCCCUUCUGCUGCUUCUGUUCCUCCUCCCACUGUGUCGCCAAGCUAGCGGCAUCCAGUGUGUACAGUGUAAGGGAGAAACAGGGGGUGAGGGAGAGGACUGCAUCCAUGUCCCCCCUGACCCCGAACCAUGUGAUUCAGGCAUGACAACGUGUCUGACAGUCAGGACGUACACCCCAGCCGAGGAGGAUACGAGGACGCUGGUGUCGUUGGUGAGGACCUGCUCCCCAACAGACUUAGGCUGGGACUGCGAGAAGGGCAAGACGAAGCGCGGCCAGAUCGCCGAAGUAUGCCACGACUCCUGCACUUGGGACGGCUGCAACCACGCCCACACGCCCACAGCCACCACGCCUUCUCUGCUGCUCUUCUCCGUGAUGGGGUGCCUGUGGGUGGCCUCACUCGUUCUCUGACAGCCACCAGCUGCGCCCUUCACACUCUCCCACACCUUCCUUCUCGUUUCGUUCAACGUGUGUUAACCCUUCCUCCCACCAGCAACGCCUCCGUCUUUAUGUGCGGCGAGGCGGAGCGGACAUCAUAUAUCCUUAUUUCUUUUAUCAUAAACACGUAGUCUUGCUGUUUUAACUCCUGUUAUUCUUUAGAUUUAUAUAGAAAGAAUUAACGCUGCAUUAGGUAAUAUGUAAUUAAGGUUUUAAACAGUACAGGUGCAUUUUAUCUGUAGUUAACGAGUCACCGCAGUCACCGCUACACACCAGCUACCAUAUUUUCGGAAGCCUGGGCGUCACCUUAUAAUACAAACUCGUUAUUAUUUAAGAGAGUUUCAGUGACGUGGCUGGCGUGGUCCUGCAGUGCUGUUACCAGGAGAUAAUCUCUUGCAAGCAAAACUAAGGAAAGAGGAACAAGCGGGAAGAGUUUAAGAUCAAGUUUUGCUUCUUUGAUUAACCAGGGAAAGACUUGUAUCACGGUUUAGCUUUUGAUGUACCCAAGGAGAAGCCGGUACCAGGUGCUGUGGGGGGGGGGGGGUAUCUGCCCUCCUUUGACACAUACGAAGCUGUCCUCUGUGUGCAUUUUUCCUCGCAGCUAAAUGCACAGACAUAGUUAACAGCAGACGUCCUGAUCCACAAUAUUUCUCACAGCUGGAGGAGGAAGUCUUCACUCUUUGCCCGUCUCUAUAAACUUAGAGCCUGGCUUAAUGACCACAAGAGAAGACCUCACUGCUAUACGCGUUAGAUAAACACUCAGGAUUAUGAUACACUGACAGAUCUUGGAAAAGUGUCGUCCUCAGCGUUGAAACUCAGCCAAUCUGCCUCUAAACAACUUUAAAAUUGUACGUGAUAAGUCAGCAAGAGCUGCUACAAAGGUAUUGACAUAGAUCUUGUUCAGGCAAAAAGGCUAAUGAGUCGAGAUCCCGUCCCUCAGCCCCUGAAGGCAACAACCCCACGUUAAUGACACAAGACGUACGAAGAGCGCCUGCAGGAGUGCUGGUGGUAGGCGCUGACGAGUUACACAGACACACACUUACACAGUGGAGGACAGCGUGGCCGGCACUCCACUCCACCACAUUUCACUUAUCGAUCCAAAAAUUAGGUAAACAUUUUGCAGCCAAACUUACCUAUAGCGGCCGAGGAGAUCGAAUCAACACAUGAAAAACAUAUUUAAACAUAAUAUAAACUAAUGUUAAGGGUAAUAAUCCACAAAAGUUCUGACACGUGUGGGUAAAUGUAUAUGUAUGUCUGUAUACUUAUAAGGCAUUUACCUUGGUACACGGUGUUCAGAAGAAGCUUAUUCAUGAAGUCAACAAGCUUUGGUCAUCUUAACUUAGUCUAAGAAUCUAGCUUCAUAAUUGCUUCAGUUGUCUCUUGUCUUGUGCUUAUUUUACAACUAAUGCUACACUCUAGGCCCUAGAGUCUAGGGUAAUACUUCUUUGCGUCAUCAUCAUGGGGUAAAAUAUAUGUAUCGUGACUAUGAUGAAACAUGUGGUGAGUGUAUUCAGAUCCUCCCUGUGACACGUGAUCCUCCUUCCUCCGAUAGUCUGCUUGUGAUAGUUACAAGAAGCUGACUAUCGGCGGCUCCUCACCUUAGUGUUUUGGGUUAUUAAAGUUUGUUUCGCUCAGUAACCUCCUGGAUUGAUGUAUAAACAAGUUUACUAGAAUUUAUCUACCUUUUAUACAUGACGAUGACACAGUUUAUGUUGAUCUGCAUUUUAAGACUAAUAAAAUGUUAAUGGAA